AUGACAAGCAACGGCGGCGACGGCGCCGCCGCCGACUCCCAGCCCCGCCACCACCACGAAGAAAUCGCGAAAUGGGAACCCAACCCCGACCGCCUGAAAUCGAUGCACCAUAGAAUCACCACCCCGCCAAAGCUCCUCUCCCAAACCGCCGGCCACAGCUCCUGCUGCAUUUUCCGAGCUCCGACAACAUUCGCCGGCGUAAACAACAAAUCCUACCAGCCCCACAUCGUCUCCAUCGGGCCUUACCACCGCGGCAAGCCGCACCUCGCCAUGAUCCAAGAGCACAAGUGGCGCUACUUAGGCUCCCUCCUCGCCCGAAUCCCUAAUCUCACCCUCGAAUCGCUCUUAUCCUCCAUCGCCCCGCUCGAAUCCCAAAUCCGAGCUUCCUACUCGGAGCAAAUCGACCUCGAUCGCGACGAAUUCCUCGAAUUGAUGGUCCUCGACGGCUGCUUCGUCGUCGAGCUCUUCAGAAAAGUCGCUGGAGUCGUCGAAUUCGAGCCGCACGAUCCCAUCGUGGCGAUGUCGUGGAUCAUGCCGUUUUUCUAUCGGGAUUUCCUCCGGCUCGAGAACCAGAUACCCUUCUCCGUCCUCGAAUCGCUCUUCAAUUCGACGCACGGAGGAGAAGAUAAGAGAAAGCACUCCAACCAUCAAAACCCACACAACUCGCGAAAGAAGUACGAGACGAGAAUUGACAUCAGUCUGGGUUCGAAUUCGUCGAAUCGGGCACUGAGUUUAUCGGCGUUGGCUCUGUACUUCUUCAACCACUCGAUGCAGAGGCCGGAGGAGAUCGUGUACAAGUACAGAGAUCUGAAAGGGAAGCACCUCCUGGAUCUGAUCCGCUCCAGCUACACCCAAUUCGACCCCCCGCCGGUCCGCCGUUCGUCCGAUUCGCCGCCGACCCACAUCAUCCACAGCAUCACGAAGCUCCGCAAGGCGGGGAUCAAGCUCCGCCGGGUCGACGGAGGAGAACACGACGGCAGCCCGCUCCAGGUCCGGUUCCGGCGGGGAGUGGUGGAGAUGCCGUCGAUCACGAUCGACGACUUCAUGAGCUCGUUCCUGGUCAACGCGGUGGCGUACGAGCAGUGCUACGGCGGUGGCGGCGGCGGCGGCGAGUGGCCGAUGCACUUCACGGCGUACGCGACGCUGCUGGACUCGCUGGUCAACGGGUUUCGUGACGUGGAGUAUUUGGUGGACAAGGAUAUUUUGGAGAAUUACUUGGGCACGGAGGCGGAAGUCGCGAGGUUUCUGAACGAUUUGGGGAAGGAAGUCGCGUUCGACAUUGACGAGUGUUACCUGGCGGAGGUGUUCGGCGAUGUUCAUCGGUAUUACGGGAGUAGUUGGCAUUUCCAGUGGGCGAGUUUCAAGUUUACUUAUUUUCAGACGCCGUGGUCGUUUAUCUCGGCGUUGGCGGCCUUGGUGCUGCUGGUUCUUACCGUUUUGCAGACUGUUUAUACUAUUUACGGUACCUAUAGUUAG